UGGGAUGGCCGUCACACCUACACCCUAUACACUCGACCAGCAGCCAGCGCGUAGCGAGUGUGCACGAAGAAAGCAUCUGGCAUUUGCCUGUCUGGAUCACAGAAGAGAGAGAGACUGUGUCUAAGCGGGAUUAGGUUAGCUGCUAUCCACUUCCCACGUGUCGAUCAUCAUUGCAGCAGCAGUAGCUACGCUGUGUCAUCGCCGAGCCGCAGCCUCUACAGAGAAGCUGCGCAACAUGCCGGAUCAUGGCUACAGUUCGAAUCUGUAUCUGCGGCGACGAGAGCGUCGGCAAAAGCUCGCUGCUCACGUCCCUCGUUAAAGACACAUUCGUGCAGUCCCGGAUCCAAGCAGUCCUGCCGCCCAUCAGCCUACCCCCGACACUUGGGACGCCGGAGAAUGUCACGACGACGAUCGUGGAUACCUCCGCUCUUCCGCAAGAGCGCGAGCAUUUGCGUAAAGAGGUGCGGAAAUGCAAUGUCAUUCUUCUCGUCUAUAGCGACCAUUACAGCUAUGAGCGCGUCGCGUUGUUCUGGAUGCCCUACUUCCGGUCGCUAGGAGUAAAUGUACCCGUGGUGCUAUGUGCGAACAAGAGCGAUCUGUGUCCGGCCGUGACAAGUACAGCUCAGAUAGUCACGGAUGAGAUGCUACCGGUCAUGGCGGAGUUCAAGGAGAUUGACAGUUGCAUCCGGACCAGCGCACGGGAGCACCAUAACGUCAACGAGGUCUUCUUUCUGUGUCAAAAGGCCGUCACUCAUCCUAUUGCACCUAUCUACGAUUCCAAGGAAAAUAGCCUGAAGCCCGCGGCGGAAGACGCCCUGAAGCGUGUAUUCUACUUGUGCGACAAGGACCAAGACGGCUUGCUCAGCGAUCAGGAGAUCCUCGACUUCCAGAUGAGAUGCUUCGACAAGCCUCUGUCGGCUGCUGACCUUACGAGCAUCAAGCGGUCCAUAUGUCGUGUUCCAUCUUUCUCCGGCGAGCCAGAGAAGGAUGGCAUUGACAUGGCUGGUUUCCUCAGCUUACACAAAAUGUUCGCGGAGAAGGGCAGACAUGAGACCAUCUGGAUCAUUUUGCGCAAGUUCCAGUACUCGGACAGCUUGUCGCUAAAAGACAACCAUCUACAUCCGAAAUUCGACGUUCCUGCUUUCGCAUCAGCCGAGUUAAGUCCUGCUGGCUACCGCUUCUUCGUGGACCUGUUCCUACUUCACGACAAGGACAAUGAUGGUGGUCUAAGCGAUGCAGAGUUGGCAACCCUAUUCGCACCGACUCCAGGUAUGCCAGCAUCCUGGGUCGAUUCUGCCUUCCCAAGCUGCACUGUUCGCAACGAGGCGGGAUUCAUCACGCUGCAAGGUUGGCUUGCACAAUGGAGUAUGACAACCUUCGUAGAGCCAAAGACGACUCUGGAAUAUUUGGCCUACCUCGGUUUCGAGUCAUCGGACAACAAGGGCACGACGUCAGCCCUCAAAAUCACUAAAGCUCGAAAGCGGCGGAACAAGCUAGGUCGCGUCGAGCGCAGUGUCUUCCUUUGCUACGUGCUUGGUGCGCCACACUGCGGAAAGUCAGCGUUGCUGAACGCGUUUCUCAAUCGACCUUUCAACACCACCUAUCACCCAACCAUUAAGCCGCAAACGGCGGUCAACUCGGUCGAGCUGCAGGGCGGUAAACAGUGUUACUUGAUCUUGGAGGAAUUGGGCGAGCUGGAGCCUGCCAUCCUGGAAAAUCAAGCUAAGCUCGACGCGUGCGAUCUAUUGUGCUUCACGUAUGAUUCAAGCGACCCGGAUUCGUUCGCGCAUAUACUUGACCUGCGGCAACGGUACCCCGCCCUGAACUCUCUACCUUCAGUGUACACCGCGUUGAAAGCGGAUCAGGACCGUGCAGUCCAGCGGACAGAAAUACAACCGGACAGCUACUGCGAGGAGGUGAAGAUGCCCAAGCCUCUGCACGUCUCCGUCAACUGGACGUCGAUCGGCGACUUCUUCGUACAUCUGGCGGAGUGCGCGACGCUGCCGGCUCAAGCGCUACCCAAGUCGGAAGAAGAGCCUGUCGACCGUACUCCCAUUUACAUUGCUCUUGGCGCCACUGUAUGCGCGAGCGUGGCGUUUGCUUGGGUCUGGAGGCGGAGCCUGAUGCCACAUUAAAGUUGCAACGUGGGCGCCGUGAAAGGUGCAUUGUUGGAAAGGCGUUGGAUCAGACAGCAUAUGAUACCCACCUCAGUCUUUCAGCGUAGAUAUCUGUCCCGAGAUGCUCUUGCAGUUACCCUCUUCAAUACUCAAUGAAUACUUCGAUGUGAGUGAGUAGCGCUUGAGCUCGGCGCCGCCUACAUGUAUUCGAAC